UCAACGAUGGCAGAUUGUUGAACUAUAAAAUAAGCAUUUGUAGUGCAGAUUAUUUCACCUGAAAUUUGGAGUAACGGAGUUGAAGCAUUGCGUGUUGCGAUACCUGUUCACAUAUUGUUUACGAGGAUAUUAGUUACCAUUUCCAUAGAUGGUCCAUUUCACCUGAGCUGACGGUAGUUGCGGUGGCAGUUUCUGUCAUGAGCUUUUUUUCAUUCAAAACAAAACCCCCAACCCCGGAUGUAUCCGGGAGUAAGGGCCGGAUCGAUCGCGGACGUCCAUCCCACGAAAACAUUCCCAGCGACCAAACCACGGACGACGAUGAGGAAUCAUCGCAAAGGUCACUGAUCCCGCCUGGUGUAUCGCUCAUUAAUCCCAAUCUGCACCCAGAGAAGGCACAGAAUUUCCUCGGUUUAAAACUACCUCAGUCAUUUGCCGUACGCUUUCUGGGCCUACAUCCGGCCAGCGGGAUUUGGGGUAUUCAGCACACGCGCAAAGCGGUGGAUAAUUUAGUGUCACUGGCCAAAACCACGGAUCCCGAAGAUUUGUCUCUACUGGACUUGGAGAUAUCGGAACCUGGUGUAUAUUUACGACAAUUAUCCCCUGUUCGUGCCACUGAGACCUCCAAGGAAAUCGACCUGGGAAAGAAGCCUAUCGAGCGCAUAUCGUAUGGCGUGCAAGAUGUGUUAUUCCCGCGAAUAUUUGCUAUGAUUUCCAUUAAAGAGAAGUCCGUGAUUGACGACCGCCCUUUUGACUGUUACGUGUUUCUUUGUGAGAACCGUAUCCAGUCCAGGAAGAUGGCGUACUGUUUGGCCAAAGCUUUUAAAGAGUAUGGGGAAAAUAUUAAAGCGGCGAAUUACAUGCAGACACUGGAAGCGGAUGUUAAAAAACAAGGACGCAGUAUGGGAAUCUCGGCACGGGCAGCGAAAAGCGAAACAAGCACCAGUGUGGAAUCGGAUGCGUAAAUCGUUGUAAACGUCUGUAGCCGGUUACGCAAUGGUUGAAGGGAGAAAACGACAGGAAAGUGUUGAAGUCGCAAUCAGGAAGAACAUGUGUAUAAUCAAAAAGAUGACGAAUCACAGGCGCUGCAAAUCGAUGAUAAAUAAAGGUUCACGGUCGCCAUUGUGUAAGGUUAAUGAUGGACUUUGCACUACUAAGUAUGUAAAGUUUACCUUUACAAGCUUAUCCGCUAAACAGCAUUUCAAGCGUGGAUAAUCAGCAAUGUUUUACCGGCGGUACUCUGUAUAUGUCUGUGGGCAUUAUUUGUUUUUUGACGGUUAUGCUGCGCAUACGCAUAAUUAUAAUUUCCUGCCUGUAAAUCGAGACUGUCUGCGCGUGCAUUUGUUUAUUUAAACUCGAACAAUGACGUGUAAAAUCAUUAAAACUGUCGUACACGUAAACU